AUGCAGAAAUCACGGGCUAUCAAUUCUGCCCUGGGUGCGCGGGCAUUCACCCCGGCCCCGCGAGUCUCCGUCCACAUCCAGCGCCGCAAUCUCCAGGAUGUCGCUAUCACCCGCACAGGAAAGCCCAUUUUGAAAGUCCAAGGUGGCCGGUAUCGCUUUGCCGCUUUCAACACCUUGAUCUCGAUCCAAUAUGCUCACCUCUCCGCAACAGGUUACACCGCGACUGUCUUUGGCGCAACUGGUUUCUUGGGUCGUUAUAUCGUCAAUCGUCUUGCUAAGCAGGGAUGCAACGUCGUCAUUCCUUACCGAGAGGAAAUGGCCAAGCGUCACUUGAAGGUUACUGGUGAUUUGGGCCGUGUCAGCUUCAUUGAAUACGAUCUGCGUAACACCCAGUCCAUCGAGGAGAGCGUUCGUCACUCCGAUAUCGUUUACAACCUUGUUGGUCGCCAAUACCCUACCAAGAACUUCUCCUACACCGAUGUUCACGUUGACGGUGUUGAGCGCAUCGUCGAGGCCGCCGCCAAGUACGAUGUCGACCGUUUCAUCCACGUUUCUUCCUACAACGCUAGUCGGGACUCGCCAUCCGAGUACUUCUCCAGCAAGGGAUGGGGUGAGGAAAUUGUUCGAUCCAUUUACCCCGAGACCACCAUCGUGCGCCCUGCUCCCAUGUUCGGUUUCGAGGACAACCUUCUCCACAAGCUUGCCGGUGUAGCCAACCUGUUCACUGCCAACCACAUGCAGGAGCGUUUCUGGCCCGUUCACGCUAUUGAUGUCGGCAAGGCCCUUGAAGUCAUGCUGCACGACGACAGCACUACCGGUCAGACCUACGAGCUGUACGGUCCUAAGAACCACUCUACUGCUGAGAUCGCCGAGCUGGUCGACCGCGAAAUUGUCAAGAAGCGCCGCCACGUGAACCUCCCCAAGGCUGUUCUCAAGCCUUUGGCCCACAACCUUAACAAGUUCCUUUGGUGGCACACCAUGUCCGCCGAUGAGGUGGAGCGCGAGUUCAUCGAUCAAGUGAUUGAUCCCACAGCCAAGACCUUCCAGGAUCUCGGCAUCCAGCAAUCCGAGCUGGCUGAUCUGGCUGACCUGACCUUCCACUACUUGCAAAUGUACCGUAGCGCCUCUUACUACGAUCUUCCCCCUGCCACUGAGCGUGAGCAGCGUGAGGAGAAGAAGUACCUGCAUGUCCUGGACGACCAGUAG